AUGCAUGCCGCUCGAUGCGGCUGGGUCGGGAUAAUGGGAAAUCCCUCAGACGGCUACUUUGGAAAAACCAUUUCUAUGUCUAUUGCUAAUUUUUGGGCUGAAGUCACCAUAUCAGAGAGCAAAAACUUGGUUCUGGUUCCCCACCCACUAAAUGACCCAACAGAAUUCGGAAGUUUAUUGGAUUUAUACUACAUAAGCAGAAAGGAAGGAUAUUUGGGAGGACUGAGGCUGCUACAGGCAACGUGUAAGAAGUUUUACCAGUUUUGUUCUGAGAAAGGAAUCGCUUUGUCUAAGCAGAAUUUUACCCUGAAGUACAACGUCAACAUCCCAAGACAAGUGGGUUUAGCAGGGAGUAGCGCAAUAGUGUCGGCAACUCUAAAAUGCCUGAUGAAAUUCUAUAAUUUAACAGAUGACGAUCUACCCAAGUCAAUAAGGCCAAAUUUUAUUCUGGAUGUUGAAAAGGAAGAACUAUUUAUCACUGCCGGUCUCCAGGACAGAGUUGUGCAGGUUUAUGAAGGUCUCAUCUUUAUGGACUUCAGCAAAUCACUAAUGGAGAAGCAAGGCUAUGGGAACUAUGUGCGAAUGGAUCAGAGCUGUGUGCCACCAUUUUGGCUCGCUUACUUGAGAGACCCUAGUGACUCCGGCGUGAUUCACAGUAACGUGCGUCAGCGAUGGUUGAAUGGCGAUCCGGAUGUGGUGGAAGCAAUGCGGCUAUUUGCAGAACUGACUGAUAAAGCCAAAAGUCACCUUACGUGCAGCUGUUUCCUCGUCUUUAUGUUCGAUUCUAACUCUAGUUUUUAUCUUUUAAGAUCUAUUUUUACAGAUGUGUGUUUAGGACCAGGGAAUUUGAGAAUGAUUGAAAUUGCACAACAGUUCGGGUGUGCGGUGAAGCUGCCGGGCAGUGGAGGAGCUGUCAUUGGACUGUGUCCUGAUCUGAACAAAAUGGGGGAACUGAAAAAGGCUUUUCAAGAAUGCGGCUUUGUCUUCUGCCAGAUUGUUCCAUACUGUCCUGAGGGGCCGGACACAAGUGAAAACAAAGAGUGACAAUGGGAUAUGUGUGUUUUAUUGCAAACCAGAACUAAAUCUAUUGUGUAAUUGUCUCUCAGCCUUAGUGUAAAAUAUCACAACAAAAUCUUAUGGAUUUACUCCAUAAAACAAAUACUUUGUAACUGCAGCCCUGAAAUAAAUUCUUUUUAAUAAUA